CCUCCCCAUCGUCAUAACCCAACAAACAGCCUCUCCGGUUUGCGCACUCGACCUCUGAGCAUCCCCUCUUGUCUAUCUCUCCCAUUUACGAAUCUUGCCUCUCUUCACAUUCCAAAAAAACGAGAAUUAAGGAGAACACGCCCGUAUUCCUCUACCGAAUUACCCCGCCAAAAAUGGCGCCAAUCUUCCUAGACACGACCCCCGAUUUCGAUUCCAGCCCCGCCGCCAUGUCCAACACCACAACCGCCACGAGCACGACCCAACGAACCCUCCUCCUCGCCCCGCCCUCCCUCGCCGCCCGCGAAGACCGCCUCAGCGCGCUCUUCUCCGUCUACAGCCGCGCCGCCACGGAUCUGCAGAUGCUGGACCGCCUCGCCGCGGGGCUGGUCACGCUCCCCGCCGCGACGUACGACCUGGUGCUUGUGCUGACCGACCCAGACGGCAGCCGGCGCGCCGAGGCGGGCGCGCUGCUCGCCGACCGCGCCGUGUGGGCGCGCCUCGUGCCCGCCAUCAAGCCCGGCGGCAAGCUGAGGAGUGAGGACGGGAGUCUUGGCGGCGGGGGUCCUUCUGCUGGUGGGGUGGAGGCGCGCGAGGCGGUGCUUGCGGGUCUGGUCGCUGUUCCCGGCGGCGACGGGUUCACCAAGCCCGAGUAUGCCGAGGAGGAGGUUGUGCCGCUGCGGUUUGAGAGGGGCAAGAAGACCAACGGGGAGGUGAACGGGGCGGCGAGGAGCUCGGCCGGCCCCGCGGUCGACGCCGUCACGGUGAAUGUGGGCGGGAAGACGGAGACGAUGGGGAUGGCUCCGCCAGCGGCGUCCGCUGCUGCGAAGGCCACGGCUGGGGUUGGGUUCGUGGAUUUCAGUGACGAUCUCGAUCUGGAUGUCGACGACGACGAUGACGACGCCCUCAUUGACGAGGAUACGCUUCUCACUGAGGAGGAUCUGCGGCGGCCGAUCCAGCAGCCCCCGGAGUGCCAACCGCAGCCGGGGAAGAAGAGGCGGGCGUGCAAGGACUGCACAUGCGGUCUGGCCGCGAGGCUCGAAGCCGAGGACAAGGCGCGGCGCACCAAGGCGGAUAAGGAUCUGGGUUCACUGAAGCUGAAGUCGGAGGACCUGAACGAGCUGGAUUUCACCGUUCAAGGCAAGACUGGCUCUUGCGGCAGCUGUUACCUGGGCGAUGCUUUUAGAUGCUCUGACUGUCCUUAUAUUGGUCUACCUGCAUUCAAACCCGGCGAAGAAGUCAAGAUCCUUAACAACGCUGUCCAAUUGUAGAGCAGCUCUAAUGAUACCCAACAACACCGACGAAUACCAGUCAGACGAUAGCAACAGAGUACGCUGUGUCGGGAAGGUGGACGACUGUUCCCUUCAGUGCAGGGGAGGCACCUAGCUGAUCUGCCCACGCAGCUCUCUCUAGCAGGUGUACUGUACCGGAUGGCCCGAGAUCUCUGGGGAAGUUUUGGCGUCUGAAGAUCGAUACAGUACGGGGGGUUGUUACCUACAUCUUACACCAGUCUAUCUGGUACAACAACUUUACUGCUACACCAAGAUCUGGGACACGUAACCUCCCAGGGACCCUCCGUACUCCAUUAGCAGCAAAGAGUGAAAGCAGAAUGGAAUGCAAUGUUAGGAAAGACUCAAAUACACAAAAGAACCCUCCCAACCCGCUUGCGCCUUGCCAACCGAUCCCUUAGAGACCAAUGUUUAUGUAUGUAUGGGCAGAUGUAGUAUAUGUCUUUUCC